GCGCUAUAAAGAAGAAUUAACAGCGUGCGCAUCAAUUCUCUUCAGCGAGGUCAGGUAUCCCACCAUAUACAGCAUUUGAUACGUUUUUCAUAGUUCUCAGCAGUCAACAUGAAAUCCAUUAGCCCGGUGCGGUCCAUGAGAAACAACAUGUCGAAUUCGUCGGAACACAUCCUCGGGAUAUCUCGGAGCAAGAGCCCGAUGGAUGAUCCACUGAGCCUGCUGUACAACAUGAACGACUGCUACACUAUGCUGAAGGAACUCGUCCCCAGCCUCCCACAGAACAAGAACGUCAGUAAAAUGGAGAUUCUGCAGCAUGUGAUUGACUAUAUUUUGGACCUUCAAAUUGCACUUGACUCCAGCGCAUCCUUUGUAACCUGCCAAUAUCAGCAACGGCUGGGACAGACGGCGUCCAGGAAUCCUCUGUCCACCGCUGUCACCUCAGAUAUCAGCAUCCUUACCUGCGAGUCAAAUGACCUGUCCAGGGAAACAGACGCAGAUGUGGACAGCAGCACGCUCCUGCGCUGACUCAGUGUUCAAAACAAGACCUCAUGUUCCCUUCACUGGCUGUAGGAAUUUUUCUUCACAUAGUUCCCCCCCCCCCCUAAAAGGAGAUAUGUGGUAUAGUUUUAAAGUCGAUUUUAUUCCACUGGGUUGACACUGGGAACACAGAAAGUGACUGAAAGGACAGUACGGAAACGAGAUAUUUUGACAAGAGGACUUAAAUCUUUUCUUCGUGAAAGUGAGGAAAAGAAAACAGGAAAGCUGUAUCUCCCCUGUUCUGGCGGACUGUGGAUGCUGUAACAUAUAAGUAGACAGAAAUCAUGCCUGUAUAGUAGCAUAUUUGUGGCAGAGAGUAUAUAAUCUUGCAGUUUAUUGUGUUGCGUUUUUGAAAGAUGUUGUAAAUUGCACUUUUAUACAAUAAUAAAUUAAAUUACUAAUAUGAUAAUGACAAGG